CAGGGCUUGGCUUCCCCAUUCAUUAUUGAUCAUAUUUUAUAAAUCCAACGCCACACAAUUUUUUCCACAUUACCGGGAGCCGUGGGGAGGCUGCCCAUCUAUUGGCGGAGGGGAAGUCACGUGGGAGGGGGUCACGUGGUCCAAAGAGGAAAAAGGGGGUCCUUUUUGGUGUAAAUCUGGACUCUAAUUCUGUAAUAUAUCAAGGAAUCUCGUAAAACCGACACUAAAACGUCCCUGCCUACAAAUCAUCCGGCCAAAUUAUGAGUUCAUUGUAUUAUGCGAAUGCUUUAUUUUCUAAAUAUCCAGCCGCAAGUUCGGUUUUCGCCACCGGAGCCUUCCCCGAACAAACUUCUUGUGCGUUUGCUUCCAACCCCCCGCGCCCGGGCUAUGGAGCGGGGUCGGGCGCCUCCUUCGCGGCCUCGAUGCAGGGCUUGUACCCCGGCGGGGGGGGCAUGGCGGGCCAGAGCGCAGCCGGCGUCUACGCGGCCGGCUACGGGCUCGAGCCGAGUUCCUUCAACAUGCACUGCGCACCCUUUGAGCAGAACCUCUCCGGGGUGUGUCCCGGCGACCCCGCCAAGGCGGCGGGCGCCAAGGAGCAGAGGGACUCGGACUUGGCGGCCGAGAGUAACUUCCGGAUCUACCCCUGGAUGCGAAGCUCAGGAACCGACCGUAAGCGAGGCCGCCAGACCUACACGCGCUACCAGACCCUGGAGCUGGAGAAGGAGUUCCACUACAACCGCUACCUGACGCGGCGGCGGCGCAUCGAGAUCGCGCACGCGCUCUGCCUGACUGAGCGGCAGAUCAAGAUCUGGUUCCAGAACCGCCGCAUGAAGUGGAAAAAGGAGAACAAGACCGCAGGCCCCGGCGCCACGGAGCAGGACAAGGCAGAGGCGGAGGAGGACGAGGAGGAGUGAGGGGUGGAGAAAGGGCAGAAGAGGAAAGAGAUGAGAAAGGGAGAGAGGAGGAAGCCCAGCUCUGGGAACCGAACCAGGAAACUCCACUCAAAUAGGGGAAAACUCUGCUUCAGUGAAAAGCAGUUCAAUUUUUUUUUUUUGUAAGGAGAGCAAGUGAAAUUUUGUUUUCUUAACACUGAAAAAAAAAUAACUACCUAUAGAAAAGUCUUGCCGGGGGUUUUGUUUUGUACAAUAUGGGAAGGACGUCUACCUGUCCUAUAGCUUUCUGGAAUCUGCCUCCCUUUUCUAUGUCGCUAUUGUCAGGUCUUUGUAAAACUUUGCUGUUUUGUAAGCCCCCUUCUUUGACGCUAUCUUUUGUGGUCUGUGGGUCUGGACUAAGGUGUGUCGUUCCCUUGCCCUCCUGAGCCACCCCCCCCCCACCCCCUGCCCUUCCCAGUAGCUGCACUGAAGGGGCCUUAGGGAGCCCGGAAGACCCACUGAGUCCCUUGUCCUCUCUACGCACCUGCCCUGCCCGAUGCUCCUCGCUCCUCCCAUCCCGUUGUCCUCUUUACAUCUUGUGUGUAUCUGAAGAAUGCAGAAAUAAAACACAAUUAAAAAACAA